AUGCAUUCACUGACUGGAAGGACAUACAACUUAAACUCAAUGCAAGUCGUCAUUGAAAGGACAAGGACCAUGCAGGACAUACUAUCCCUGACGUUAAAGGAUGAAGUGAGGAUGGUUGAAGGAACUGUGGCCCCUAGAAACUCUUCUUCACAAGGGGAUGGCGGGGACUCGGAGGGGCAUCCUGACCCGUUGGCGGUCACCCUACUGGCAACAGUCCUGAUCAUAACUAUUGUGGUAGACAUUCUGGGGAACCUGUUGGUCAUCUUGUCUGUCUUCAGGAACAGGAAACUCAGGAAAGCAGGUAAAAGCCUAUUGCAAGGAGCCACCCAGUCUUAUUUUUUCUUUCUGUGUUAGUACUACAGUACUGAGGUAUCUGUGUUGUUAGUAGUAAUACAGUAAUGAGGUAUCUGUGUUGUUAGUAGUACUACAGUACUGAGGUAUCUGUGUUGUUAGUAGUACUAUAGUACUGAGGUAUCUGUGUUGUUAGUAGUACUAUAGUACUGAGGUAUCUGUGUUGUUAGUAGUACUACAGUACUGAGGUAUCUGUGUUGUUAGUAGUACUACAGUACUGAGGUAUCUGUGUUGUUAGUAGUACUAUAGUACUGAGGUAUCUGUGUUGUUAGUAGUACUACAGUACUGAGGUAUCUGUGUUGUUUGUAGUACUACAGUACUGAGGUAUAUGUGUUGUUAGUAGUACUACAAUACUGAGGUAUCUGUGUUGUUUGUAGUACCACAGUACUGAGGUAUCUGUGUUGUUAGUUGUACCACAGUACUGAGGUAUCUGUGUUGUUAGUAGUACUACAGUACUGAGGUAUCUGUGUUGUUAAUAGUACCACAGUACUGAGGUAUCUGUGUUGUUUGUAGUACUACAUUACUGAGGUAUAUGUGUUGUUAGUAGUACUACAGUACUGAGGUAUCUGUGUUGUUUGUAGUACCACAAUACUGAGGUAUCUGUGUUGUUUGUAGUACCACAGUACUGAGGUAUCUGUGUUGUUAGUAGUACCACAGUACUGAGGUAUUUGUGUUGUUAGUAGUACUAUAGUACUGAGGUAUCUGUGUUGUUAGUAGUACUACAGUACUGAGGUAUCUGUGUUGUUAGUAGUAUCACAGUACUGAGGUAUCUGUGUUGUUAGUAGUACUACAGUACUGAGGUAUCUGUGUUGUUAAUAGUACCACAGUACUGAGGUAUCUGUGUUGUUUGUAGUACUACAUUACUGAGGUAUAUGUGUUGUUAGUAGUACUACAGUACUGAGGUAUCUGUGUUGUUUGUAGUACCACAAUACUGAGGUAUCUGUGUUGUUUGUAGUACCACAGUACUGAGGUAUCUGUGUUGUUAGUAGUACCACAGUACUGAGGUAUUUGUGUUGUUAGUAGUACUAUAGUACUGAGGUAUCUGUGUUGUUAGUAGUACUACAGUACUGAGGUAUCUGUGUUGUUAGUAGUAUCACAGUACUGAGGUAUCUGUGUUGUUAGUAGUACUACAGUACUGAGGUAUCUGUGUUGUUAGUAGUACUACAGUAUUGAGGUAUCUGUGUUGUUAGUAGUACUACAGUACUGAGGUAUCUGUGUUGUUAGUAGUACCACAGUACUGAGGUAUCUGUAUUGUUUGUAGUACCACAGUACUGAGGUAUCUGUGUUGUUAGUAGUACCACAGUACUGAUGUAUCUGUGUUGUUAGUAGUACCACAUUACUGAGGUAUCUGUGUUGUAAGUAGUACUACAUUACUGAGGUAUUUGUGUUGUUAGUAGUACUAUAGUACUGAGGUAUCUGUGUUGUUAGUAGUACUACAGUACUGAGGUAUCUGUGUUGUUAGAAGUACUACAGUACUGAGGUAUCUGUGUUGUUAGUAGUACUACAAUACUGAGGUAUCUGUGUUGUUAGUAGUACAACAAUACUGAGGUAUCUGUGUUGUUAGUAGUACUACAGUACUGAGGUAUCUGUGUUGUUAGUAGUCCUACAAUACUGAGGUAUCUGUGUUGUUAGUAGUACCACAGUACUGAGGUAUCUGUGUUGUUAGUAGUACUACAGUACUGAGGUAUCUAUGUUGUUAGUAUUACUACAUUACUGAGGUAUCUGUGUUGUAAGUAGUACUACAUUACUGAGGUAUAUGUGUUGUUAGUAGUACUACAGUACUGAGGUAUCUGUGUUGCUAGUAGUACUACAGUACUGAGGUAUCUGUGUUGUAAGUAGUACUAUAGUACUGAGGUAUCUGUGUUGUUAGUAGUACCACAGUACUGAGGUAUCUGUGUUGUUAGUACUACUACAGUACUGAGGUAUCUGUGUUGUUAGAAGUACUACAGUGCUGAGGUAUCUGUGUUGUUAGUAGUACCACAGUACUGAGGUAUCUGUGUUGUUUGUAGUACCACAGUACUGAGGUAUCUGUGUUGUUUGUAGUACCACAGUACUGAUGUAUCUGUGUUGUUAGUAGUACCACAUUACUGAGGUAUCUGUGUUGUAAGUAGUACUACAUUACUGAGGUAUCUGUGCUGUUAGUAGUACCACAGUACUGAGGUAUCUGUGUUGUUAGUAGUACUACAGUACUGAGGUAUCUGUGUUGUUAGUAGUACUACAGUACUGAGGUAUCUGUGUUGUUAGUAGUACUACAGUACUGAGGUAUCUGUGUUGUUAGUAGUACUACAGUACUGAGGUAUCUGUGUUGUUUGUAGUACUACAGGACUGAGGUAUCUGUGUUGUUAGUAGUACUACAUUACUGAGGUAUCUGUGUUGUUAGUAGUACCACAGUACUGAGGUAUCUGUGUUGUUUGUAGUACUACAGUACUGAGGUAUAUGUGUUGUUUGUAGUACUACAGUACUGAGGUAUAUGUGUUGUUUGUAGUACUACAGGAUUGAGGUAUCUGACUGACUCAUUAGUAGGACAAUUACAUUUGCGAAUGUGAGAUUAUGUCAUGCCUUCAGAAGAGCUCAUCUCUGUUUCUGAUCAAUUUGGCCCCAACCCAGUGUCUCAUUCCGAUUCACAACAGACACUUCCCCCAUAGCUUCAUACCAUUUUAUUUUCCUGAGCAUCAUGUCCAACAGAGAGGAUUGUAAAGUGAAGACAAAUUCAGUAUAUUCAUAAAAAUGGAAGAAUAGUUGAUUAUAUUUCUAUACAUACAGUGUCCAGUGAUUCACUCAGGGGGGUUCAUAUCCUUUCUUCAACUGAUUUGAAAACCAGAUAGUAUUUUGUUCUGGUUUUGGCCACAAGUUGUCAGACAUAAGCACUGUUGUCAAUAAGUUAUGACACUUUAACCAGCGCAGUUACUGCAGGCAUAUAGGUCAUGGAUUCUGGUUGUGCUGCUUCAUAAUUGUGCCAGUUCAUCAGCUGCAGGCCACCCAUGGUGAUGUGUCACAACAGGCAGAAUUCAAUUUGCUUCCUGAAGUGAGCCAUCCCUAUUAAUUACUGAUCAUGCCACUGCCAUACAUCCAUUUACUGUACAGCACAUCUGUGAAUGAAUGUAAUCCAUGAGUUGAGUUGGCCAUUCAGUGUAAACUAUGGUGAGGCGUAGAUAUGACGAUGCGUUACUUCUGUAAAAGUCCUGCUCUUUCUUGCACUGUGGACAUGAAUCCACCUACCAAGUUACACCCUACGCAGCCCUCAGCUCAAAGGACAUGCCUGACAUAUGAGUACACUGUAGAUGUCAACGUUGGGGUUAAUGAAGUCAGUUUUCAAUUCAGGGAAUAGGAUUUCAAAACUCAGGCUCCUAUGUAGGUGUCACCUCAAUGAAAGUCCUGUUUCCUGCAAGCAUAUCUUAUGGAUCUAGAGAGAAAUGAAAACGAUCAAGACAAUAUGGCUGCGUUUACACAGGCAGCUCAAUGCUGUUCUUUAGCCACUAAUUGGUCUUUUGACCAAUCAGAUCUUUUGAAAAUAAUUGGUCAAAAGAUCAGAAUUGGGCUGCCUGUGUAAACGUAGCCUAAGACACAAACUACCUAGACACACUAUCGAAUUGCAAAGUUGUAGGGAGAGGGAGGCUAUUUCACAGAGUUUGAUAACCUUAUUAGGUUACAAAUAAAUACACCUCACUCUUCCUCCCCUCUCCUUAUCCUCAUCUUCCUCCCCUCUCCUUAUCCUCAUCCUCAUCUCCUUAUCCUCAUUUUCCCCUCCCUUCCUCCCUCUCCUAUCCUCCCUUCUCCUUCCCCCCUCUCCUUAUCCUCAUCUUCCGCCCCCCCCCUACCCUCCUCCCCCUCUACCCAUCCUCCCCCCUCUCCUUAUCCUCACUCCCCCCCCUACCUCAUCCCCCCUCCUUACCUACCCCCCCCUCUCCUUAUCCUCAUCCCCCCCCCUAUCCUCAUCUCCUCCCCUCUCCUUAUCCUCAUCUUCCUCCCCGCCUUCUCACUCUCCCCUCCCUGCCUCACUCCCCCCUCCUUGUCCUCACCUCCCGCUCCUACUCUCCCCCCUCUCCUUAUCCUCAUCUCCUCCCCGCCCAUGCUCAUCUUCCUCCCCUCGCCCGUCCUCAUCCCCCCCUUUUCCCUCCCCCCCCCCCCACCCGCCCUCGGAGAUCCUCAUCUUCCUCCCCUCUCCUUAUCCUCAUCUUCCUCCCCUCUCCUUAUCCUCAUCUUCCUCCCUCUCCUUGUCCUCAUCUUCCUUCCUCUCCUUAUCCUCAUCUUCCUCCCUCUCCUUAUCCUCAUCUUCCUCCCCUCUCCUUAUCCUCAUUUCUCCCUCAUUUCCCCCUCUAUCCUCACUUCCUUCUCUCCUAUCCUCAUCUUCCUCCCCCUCUCCUUAUCCUCAUCUUCCCCCUCUCCUUAUCCUAAUUUCCUCUCCUCUUAUCGCCAUCUCGUCCCGCAUCAUCUUCCUCCCUCUCCUUAUCCUCAUCUCCCGCCCCCAGGCCUUAUCCAGUAUCUUCCUCCCCCUCCUUAUCCUCAUCUUCCGCCCCUCUCCUUAUCCUCAUCUUCCUCCCCUCAUCUUCCUCCCCUCUCCUUAUCCUCAUCACUCCUCCCCCUCCGACGCAUCCUUAUCCUCAUUUGCCUCCCCCCUCUAUCCUCAAUCUCCCCCCCUCCUUAUCCUCAUCUUCCGCCCCUCUCCUUUCCUCCUUGGCCUUGUCACAUGUAAUUACUUGAUUAUUAGCGAAGUUCUGUCACAGACAAUCAUGUCACCGUCUCUCGAGGUACACUAACGGUCAAAUGUUUUAGAACACCUACUCUUUUAAAGGUUUUUCUUAUUUUUUAAAAACUAUUUUCUACAUUGUAGAAAAAUAGUGAAGACAUCAAAACUAUGAAAUAUCUCAUAUGGAAUCAUAUAGUAACCAAAAAAGUGUUAAACAAAUCAAAAUAUAUUUUAUAUUUGAGAUUCUUCAAAUAGACACCCUUUGCCUUGAUGACAGCUUUGCACACUCUUGUCAUUCUCUCAACCAGCUUCAUGAGGUAGUCACCUGGAAUGCAUUUCAAUUAACAGGUGUGCCUUGUCAGAACAAAGUUUAUUUUUAAAAUGUAUUUCCUUCUUAAUGCGUUUGAGCCGAUCAGUUGUGUUGUGACAAGGUAAGGGGGUAUAGAGAAGAUAGCCCUAUUUGGUAAAAGACCAAGUCAAUAUUAUGGCAAGAACAGCUCAAAUAAGCAAAGAGAAACGACAGUCCAUCAUUACUUUAAGACAUGAAGGUCAGUCAAUACGGAACAUAUCAAGAACUUUGAAAGUUUCUUCAAGUGCAGUCGCAAAAACCAUCAAGCGCUAUGAUGAAACUGGCUCUCAUGAGGACCGCCACAUGAAUGGAAGACCCAGAGUUACCUCUGCUGCAGAGGAUAAGUUCAUUAGAGUUACCAGCCUCAGAAAUUGCAGCCCAAAUAAAUGCUUCACAGAGUUCAAGUAACAGAUACAUCUCAACAUCAACUGUUCAGAGGAGACUGUGUGAAUCAGGCCUUCAUGGUCGAAUUGCUGCAAAGAAACCCUACUAAAGGACACCAAUAAGAAGAAGAGACUUGCUUGGGCCAAGAAACACGAGCAAUGGACAUUAGACCGGUGGAAAUUUGUAUUUUGGUCUGGAGUCCAAAUUGGAGAUUUUUGGUUCCAACCGCUGUGUCUUUGUGAGACGCGGUGUGGGUGAACGGAUGAUCUCUUCAUGUGUAUUUCCCACCGUAAAGCAUGGAGGAGGAGGUGUGGAGGUGUGGAGGUGCUUUGCUGGUGACACUGUCUGAUUUAUUUAGAAUUCAAGGCACACUUAACCAGCAUGGCUACCACAGCAUUAUGCAGUGAUAUGCAUCCCAUCUGAUUUGGGCUUAGUGGGACUAUCAUUUGUUUUUCAACAGGACAAUGACCCAACACACCUCCAGGCUGUGUAAGGGCUAUUUUACCAAGAAGGAGAGUGAUGGAGUGCUGCAUCAGAUGACCUGGCCUCCACAACCCCCCGACCUCAACCAAAUUGAGAUGGUUUGGGAUGAGUCGGAGCGCAGAGUGAAGGAAAAGCAGCCAACAAGUGCUCAGCUGGUUGAGCGAAUGCCAAGAGUGUGCAAAGCUGUCAUCAAGGCAAAGGGUGGCUAUUUGAAGAAUCUCAAAUAUAAAAUAUAUUUUGAUUUGUUUAACACUGUCACGGAAUCAGCCGAGGCUGCUCCUCCUCCUUGCUCGGGCAGGCUUCGGCGUUCGUCGUCCCCGGAGUACUAGCUGCCACCGAUCUAUGUUUCUGUGUUUGACUUGUUUUGUCUUGAUUGUGUACACCGGUUUCCUAUUAUGUUGUAUUGUAUUCCCUAUUUAACCCUCUGUCGUUCAUUGUGUGUUGUGUGUGAUUGUUCUCGUCAUUUUCGGCAGUUGCUAGUGUGUGGGUAUUCUCCUCCCUGUUUGGAGGUUGUUUUGUAUUCUGGUUACUUUGUUAGUAAAGUAUCGUUUCCAGUAGCUCGGUGUCCUGCGUUUGACUUCGCCUACCGCAUUCACGUCGCACUUUGACAAACACUUUUUUGGUUACUACAUGAUUCCAUAUGUGUUAUUUCAUAGUUUUGAUGUCUUCACUAUUAUUCUACAAUAUAGAAAAUAGUAAAAAUAAAGAAAAACCCUUGAAUGAGUAGGUGUGUCCAAACGUUUGACCGGUAGUGUAGAUUCACUGGCAGCCUGCACAGAGAGAGAGAAAGACAGUCAGUGGAGAGAAAGAGAGAGCGGAGAGAGAGAGCAGAGAGAGAGAGGGUGGAGAGAGAGAGCGGAGAGAGAGAGAGAGGGUGGAGAGAGAGAGCGGAGAGAGAGAGAGAGGGUGGAGAGAGAGAGCGGAGAGAGAGAAAGUGUCAGUGGAGAGAAAGAGAGAGCGGAGAAAGAGAGAGCGGAGAGAGAGACAGGGUGGAGAGAGAGAGCGGAGAGAGAGAGAGAGAGGUGGAGAGGAGAGCGAGAAGAGAGAGAGGGUGGAGAGGAGCAAGCGGAGAGAGAUCGAGAGCGGAGAGAGAGAAAGGGGGUCCAGUGGGAGAGAAGAGAGAGCGGAGAAAGAGAGAGCGGGAGAGAGAGAAGGGUGGAGAGAGAGAGCGGAUAGAGAGAGAUGAGGGUGGAGAGAGAGAGCGGAGAGAGAGAGAGGGUGGAGAGAGAGAGCGGAGAGAGAGAAAGUGUCAGUGGAGAGAAAGAGAGAGCGGAGAAAGAGAGAGCAGAGAGAGAGAGAAAGUGUCAGUGGAGAGAAAGAAGAGUGGCGGAGAAAAGAGAGAGCGUAGUAGAGAGAGGGUGGAGAGAGAGAGGCGGAGAGAUAGAGAGAGAGGGUGGAGAGAGAGAGGCGGAGAGAGAGAGAGCAGAGGAGAGAGAAGAGAUGCGAGAAGAGAGAGCAGAGAAGAGAGAGCGGAUGAGAGAUAGCGUAGAGAUAGAGAUCUGGAAAGAGAGAGAGAGGGUGGAUAGAGAGAAGCGGAGCGUAGAGAGAGAGGGUGAGAGAUAGAAGUGUCAGUGAUAUGAAAGAAUGAGCGGAGAAAUGAGAGAGCGUAAGAAGAGGUUGGAGAGAGAAGAGCGGAGAUAUGAGGGUGAGAGAGAGAAGCGGAUAGAGAGAGAGCAGAGAGAUAGAGAUGCGGAGAGAGAAGAGCGCAUAAGAUAGAGCGGAGAGAGAGAGAAUAUGGUUUGUGAGAUAUAGAAUCGUGAGAGAAAGAGGUUGUAAGAUAUCGUUAAGUAGAAAGUUUCAUUGUAGAGAUAGAUGAUGAGCGUUUUGAAGAGGGUGAGUUUAUGUAGAGUACGAGAGAGAAAAGUUGUCAUGGAGAGAAAGAGAGUCUAGAAAAGAGAGCAGAGAGAGAGAGGGUGGAGAGAGAGAAAGAGGGGGGAGUGAGAGACUGUGACACUGAGUGAGAGCACAAGACAGAGAGAAAGAAGAAAGAGUGAGAGAGGAGAAAGAGAGAAAGAAUGGAUCUGUAUGAAUACCCACUCAACUAUCAGGACACUGAUACUACUAUCUGACUGUAAGCAAUGAUUCAACUCAUUAGACUCAGGUUCAAGUCAGACAGUGUGUGUCUGUCUGACUCCAGGGGCUUCAACUCACAAGGUGUAAAUGUCAUGUUGUGUAUGGUGUUAUGAUAUUAUUGCACACGUGGAUGGGAUGCUGUGAAUUAAAUCAAUGAAUGAAAUAAUCUAGCAUACAAGCACUAACUGAUGCUGAAAUCCUGGGGGUCUUCAUUAACUAUUUACAAUUAUUAUCAUGUAGUAAGAGAAUUAACAUCCUCAAAUCCCCUGGUCUUUCUGUUUUUCCUGCACAUACUAAUGGGAGUUUUAUUAGGGUUUGACAAGACAGGAAUGAUAACAUGGUUUUAAGGAAAGAUGAAUUAUAGUUCAUUUGGAGCAACCAAUUCAUAUUAGAUAUGGUAGGAUUAUUUUCCAAUAUUUAUUUGAUUUAUUACGUUUUGGUGAUAUUGAAUAGUUUUACAGAGAGGAUGGAAGACCUCGAACGUCUACUAAUGAUCGGUCACAGAACAGAGUUUUGACUAGCAAAACUGACAAUUUAAUCUGAUGUAUUCUCUGCCCCAUAGGAAAUGCCUUUGUGGUGAGUUUGGCUCUGGCCGACCUAGUGGUGGAAAUUUAUCAACAUUUUAUUCAGAUUUUAGAUUAUAAUUGAAUAUAUUUACACAAGAAAUGGCAGACCUUGUUUACUGUCCUAACACUCUGAAGAUCCAUGAAAUCUUAUGCACUCUCUGCCCCAUAGGAAAUGCCUUUGUGGUGAGUUUGGCUCUGGCCGACCUAGUGGUGGCGAUCUACCCCUACCCCCUGGUUCUGACGGCCAUCUUUCACAACGGCUGGAUCGCCGGGUACAUCCACUGCCAGAUCAGCGGCUUCCUGAUGGGCCUGAGCGUCAUCGGCUCCAUCUUCAACAUCACCGGCAUAGCCAUUAACCGCUACUGCUACAUCUGUCACAGUCUGAAGUACGACAAGCUCUUCUCCAACAAGAACACCAUGUGUUACGUCAUCCUGGUGUGGGCGCUGACUGUACUGGCCGUCGUGCCCAACUGGUUUGUGGAGUCUCUGCAGUACGACCCGCGGGUCUACUCGUGUACUUUCGCCCAGUCGGUUAGUUCCUUGUACACCAUCACCGUGGUCGUGGUUCACUUCAUCCUCCCCAUCAGUAUCGUCACGUACUGCUACCUGAGGAUCUGGAUCCUGGUCUUACAGGUGAGGAGACGGGUGAAACCGGACACGAGGCCCAAGAUCAAACCACACGACUUCCGUAUCUUCCUGACUAUGUUUGUGGUGUUUGUGUUGUUCGCUGUCUGCUGGGCUCCGCUGAACUUCAUAGGGCUGGCGGUGGCUAUCAACCCGAGACUGGGUCUGAAUAUCCCUGAGUGGCUCUUCACAGCCAGCUACUUCAUGGCCUAUUUCAACAGCUGCCUCAACGCAGUCAUCUACGGAGUGCUCAACCAUAACUUCAGGAAGGAGUACAAAAGGAUUGUUCUGAUCAUUUUCAAGUUCCACUGCAGAGGUUUCCCUAGGGUGUCGGAACAGCACUGCUAA